AUGGCGACAGGAUCAUCAUCCCAGCCCCUGACAGAGGGGGACACACCGAGCACAAUCAGACUUCACAUACUCUGCCAGUCUCUACCCCCUCCAAGCCGGUUUACACUCGAGAACGUUCCACUCUCCUCCACAAUUUCUCAGCUCAAGAGCAGGAUCGAACAGUCUUUUCCGAAUAAUCCUCGUGCAUCAAAGCAGAGGCUCAUUUACCGAGGGAAAGUCCUAGCUGCCGAUGACGCAACACUCAGAGCAAUAGUCUCAUCUGUGGGGCAAGGCACUGAUAGCAUGCACCUUGUGCUGCCACCCGAGUCAACACACGCAGAACCACCUACUGUCUCUAACAUGGCGCAAGAUUCGCCUUUCCGCAAUUCUGGCCGAGCUUCCACUUCCUCUUCCACCUGGUUUAGUCCUUCCAGUGCCGAUACUUCGGUGGCUGGAGCCAGCACCUCCUCGUACUCUGGUAUUCCCAGAACAGUGGAUGCCACUCCUACAGCUCCACACGUCACUGUCAAUCAGUACUACGACACCUCUUAUCUUAACCGACACUCAACAACUACAACCACACCAGAAGACAAUGGUGAAGACCGGCAUAUUCGUACUUUGCGAGCUCAGACCGUGGAGAUUGAGGAACAGCUGGACCGACGUAUCAUGCCAUCCAUGGAGAAUAUCAUUCGUACACGGAACCGGCUUCUUGAAAUUCAAGAUAGACGAUCUGGCAGACAGCUUCCUUUACCCGGUGUUGCGGAACUGGUCGCCCGUAUUCUUGAUGCUCAGCAACGUGCCCGUCUAAUGGAAUAUGUGCAACAACAGCAUUCGCAGACAAACGUUUCAGCCCAUAACCCUGGUUCACAGGGGAAUAUAUCACAGACGCCCGAACCAGGCUCCAUGCAGCUCUUCAUACUGACCUCGCCAGCUGGAACCCAGACUGGCCUUGUGCAAGGACACUUCGUAUCGCGACCCACAACGCAACGGGUUGGUUCGCCCAAUACAGCCCCCGUUAACGAACCCGGCGCAUCCCAGGCCCCUCAAGCACCUCAACUACUUCAAGCACAUCAAGCACAUCAAGAGCCUCAAGUGCCUCAAGCACCCAACCAAAAUGCAGCGGCAGUCCAAAAUGCCCUCCGCCAAGUAAUGCACAAUCAACAGCGCAGAGGCAACAACAUCGAGCACGCCGGUCUGGCACGGCACAUCCGCCGCAUCUGGCUGUUCACCCGUCUGUGGCUCUUCUGCUAUCUCACCAGCGCCCCUGGCACCUGGAGGCGUUACAUCUUCGUCAGCAUCGCUUUAAUAGUGACCUUCUUUUCCGAGACCGAUAUCCCGCGGAGGUUUGCGACUAUGGUGAUUAGUCCCAUCCAACGCCAUCUCGAGGGCCUCACGCAUGCCGGCGGCGCGGCAGAUCGAGCCACCCAAACCGAAACCAAUGGCGCUGCUGCAGAGUUCAAUAUCUGGGACCAGAUACGUCGCGUGGAGCGAGCCAUUGUUUUUCUUUUUGCGAGUCUAGUUCCCGGUAUUGGCGAAGGGCAUGUCCAGGCUCGCGCUGCGGCAGAUCAAGCUUUCUUAGCUGAGCAGGAGCGGCAGGCGCGGGAACGCCAGGAACAGGAGCAGGAGCAGGCACGAGAGCGGGAGCGCCAGGAGCAGGAGCAGAGCCAAGCUGGCAUGGCAGAGGGUGCAGGAAAUGCAAGCACUGAACAGGAAGAGGUCUCUGCCGCGCAUGCACAGGCUCCAGUGGGGAACUGA